CUUCCUUUUUCUACUUAAGAAAAAACCUUUAUAAUAAAACUUUUUCGUUUUUUAUAAAAAAAGUCAAUCUAACUUCAAAAAUGGCUAAAGAGAAGUCCACCAAGAAAGCUCCCACCAAGAAGGUCUCCCCUUACAAUAACUUCAUGAAGACCGAGCUCGCUAAGGUUAAGGAAGCUAAUCCCGGUAUUGCACACAAGGAAGCUUUCAAGUUGGCUGCUCAAAACUGGAGUAAGGCUCCCGAGAACCCCAAGAACAAGAAGGAUGAUAAGAAGGACGACAAGAAGGAAGAAGAAAAGAAGGAUUAAGCGAAAUCCUGACUGCUCAAACAAGCUACUCUCUUUCCCUUAUCAUACAUCUCUUUUUUUUUUUACUAUCAUCAUUCUUUAUCCAAAGUUUGAUAACACCUCUCCACUUUAUCUUUCUACAAUUAAUCUGAUAAAGCAAUAAAUAAUCGAAUUUUAUUUUAUUAUUAUUAUCGUUAACAAUAAAAUACUGAAUA